CUGAGUACCACUCUCUGGUCGUCCUUUGCAGAUGGGGGAGAAGCCUGGCCUUUGGUGAGAUGAGCUUUCCCUGCCAUCGGCCAGGCCAGGUCGCCGGGCUUCUGCAGCUGCUGCUGCUGACCCUGGCUUCCGGACAAGAGCAGUCAGCAACAUUCCCAAAAGCUUUUCUUCUCCUCACACCUCCAUGGUCCACAACCUUCAAAGGAGAGAAAGUGACUCUCACCUGCAAGGAUCACCAUUCUCUGGCCCAGGGAUACAUAUCUUGGUAUUACAAUGGGGAUUUCUUGAAAAAAGGACCUGAAACAAUCCAAAUAAACAAGUCUGGACGUUACUCAUGCAAGACCCAAAGAUCUUCCCUCAGUGACCCCGUGCAUGUGGAAUUUUUAUCUGACUGGCUGAUCCUCCAGGCUUCGCACCCUGUCUUUGAAGGAGAUGAUGUAGAUCUGAGAUGCCGGGGGAAGAAAGAAAAAGAUAUUAAUGAAAAGAUUUACUACAGAAAUAACAAAGUAAUUAGGCGUGACUAUAACUCAGAAGUCGUAAGACUACAUUCCGUCUCCAGGGACAAUAGCAAAUAUCACUGUACUACUUCUAGAGAAUCUUUUUGGAUACGACGGGAAGAAAUUUCAAAACCUUUAAAGAUCCAAGUUCAAGAGCUGUUUCCACAUCCUGUGCUGAGAGCCAGCUCCUCCCAGCCCAUCGAGGGGAGCCCAGUGAGCCUGAAAUGUGAGACCUGGCUCCCUCCACUGAGGUCACACAUUCAGCUUCAGUUCCGUUUCUUCAGAGAAGAUAAGGUCCUAGGAUCUGGCUGGAUUGACUCCCCGGAGUUCCAGAUCCUCACCAUGUGGAAUGAAGACUCAGGGUCCUACUGGUGCCAGGCAAAGGCAGUGACCCCCAAUAUCAUAAAAAAAAGCCUGGGAUCUCAGAUACAUGUGCAGAGGAUCCCUGUGUCUGAUGUGAAUCUAGAGAUCCAGUCCCCUGGGGGCCAGCUGAUUGAAGGAAAAGAUCUGGUCCUUAUCUGCUCAGUAGCCAAGGGUACAGGGACUGUCACAUUCUCCUGGCACCGGGAGGGCACGGAGAGGCGCUUGGGCAGGAAGGUUCAACGUGCCCUGUCAGCAGAGCUGCAGAUAGCCGCCGUGAGGGGGCAGGAUGCUGGGAGGUACUACUGCUCAGCCGACAACCUCUAUGGCCCCAUCCUCAGUAAACGGAUCAGAGUCACACUGAGAAGCCCCGUGUCCCGCCCCGUCCUCACUGUCAGGGCACCCAGGGCCCGGGCCGUGGUGGGGGACGUGGUGGAGCUUCGCUGUGAGACCCAGAGCGGCUCUCCCCCGAUCCUGUACCGGUUUUAUCACGAGGACGUCACCCUGGGGAGCAGCUCGGCCCCCUCUGGAGGAGGAGUGUCCUUCAACCUCUCUCUGACCACAGAACAUUCUGGAAACUACUCCUGUGAGGCCAACAACAGCCUGGGGGCCCAGCACAGCGAGGCGGUGCCACUCAGGGUCACAGUUCCAGUGUCCCGCCCUGUCCUCACCUUCAACCCUGCCAGGGCCCAGGUUGUGGUGGGAGAUUUGUUAGAACUUCGCUGUGAGGCCCAGAGAGGCUCCCCGCCAAUCUUAUACUGGUUUAAUCAUGAAGAUGUCAUCCUGGGGAACACCUCAGCCCCUUUUGGAGGAGGAGCAUCUUUUAACCUCUCCCUGACCACAGAGCAUUCUGGAAAUUACUCCUGUGGGGCUGACAAUGGCCUGGGAGUCCAGAGGAGUUACAUGGUGACACUCAACCUCACAGGGCUUUCCACGAACAAAGUAAUCCAUAUCACUGUGGGCAUCAUCGGGUGGCUGCUAAGCAUGCUUGGCCUUGCUGCUACUGCUUCUUUGGUGAGUCACUUCAGGACCCAAAGGAAAUCAGGAGGACUUCGUGCCACUGGAACACCCAGUUACAGUCCCAAGGAGCAUCGAGAGCCUUCCCGGUCCGGGCCCUCCAACACAGACCCCCACAGGCCCAUCCACUCUGAGCCAGCAGCCCUGAUGGAGCUGCAGCCUGUGUAUAGCAAUGUGAGUCCUGGACAUGACAAUCUGGUUUAUUCCCAGAUCUGGAGCAGCCAUCACACAAAGGAAAAUCCAGCACCUUCACCAAAGACACAUCAGAAGGAUGAGGAACCAGCAAUCAUCUAUUCAGAGGUGAAGAAGGCACAUCCAGAUGACCAUGAAGGGCAGGCCCAUGAAGAUGCUGCAGAAAACUAUGAGAAUCUCCCAUGUGCACCACUGGCCCUAGACCGCUAGCCCUCUGCCCAGAGUGGCCCACAGGGAGCCUGGGAGCAGCCCAUGUCUUCUCCCUGUUCUCCACAACCAUGCACCCGCCUUCCGUUCAGGGGGCUGGGUGAAAGUUCUGCCCCACCCCUCCGUGACUGAGUCUCUGUGUUCUCUGGGAACAGAAGGGGCAGCAUUUCAGUAAACACUGCAUUUCUUCACAGUAGAGACACGUGUGAAGGCAGGGCAGAUGGGCCUUCACCUCCGGGGUCCGUGGAACAGAGGAGGAAGGGCGGAUGGUCUAGCCAGGAUCACAAGGGUGCAAUCAUGACCAUGUGCUCCAAGUGUGAUCGAAAGCUUUGAAUGCGCCAUCUCUGCAUAAACAAUUUGCUCUAAACACUUUGUUUCCUUUUUUAGAUAGAUAGGUGAUAAGUGACUGAUGAUGAUAUUAAUGAAUAAGAUAAAUAGAGAUAUAAGACACACACACCAAUCCACUCAGAAUUUGGGGCCUUCACGAGUCUUCCUCUCUCAAAAGAUCAAACCUCCCCCCUUCCUGUAGCAGCCGAGUUCCACUGCUUAAUUGUUCAACGUCCACUUUUUGGAGGCUCCAGAAAUCAGCAGCAAUCUUGGAAUCCCAAUGGAGCCGGUGACUCUCACAACUCACAGGGCAAAGCCUAGUAUCGUGAGACACCCCUCCCAUUGCCCACCGACUCCCAAUUAAUUCAAGCACUGAGUGUCCACCGUGGGAGAAAACAUUUAAAAAGCAUGCCAUCUGUGCUUAAGUCUCCAGAAAAGCAGCAGAGUUGUUUUGAGUGGCUUUUAUUCGUAUGGAAUAGCUGGAAUUGUUAGCCUGUGUCACCUGGGGUGACACUGAACUUUUUACUGCAGUAAAAAAAAUAGACCUUAGCAAGCUGGUGCGUUCACUGAGGACUGGUAUACAUCCACUGAUACACGUUAUGGACAGCAGGGAUUUUACACCUGCCAUAUUUAUGACUCCAAGUAAAUAACACAGUGAGGCUUUGCAAACCUUUGGAGUAGCAAGAAUAAAAAGUACUAAGUGUAUUUCAAAUGUUAUUCCUUUCCCUGUGGUGUCAGAAGCUUAGGCAACGGGAAGUGUAACAUACAGCAAAAUGCAAUCCAAUUUGAGGUUUUAAUCUUAGCCUCAGGAAUUUGGCUAGCAAGCUAAUUUGCUGAGGGGAAAAAAAAAGUGAUGUCCUUUAUAAAGAGGGAAUAUAUUAUUUGUUACCAAAGAGAGACUUAUAUGUCUUGUUUCCAUGUUAGCUGGUACAGAAUGCUCUCCAGAAUGUAUACUUGGCCUUUAGAAAGAGCAAGAAGUCCAGGUGUAAUCUGUGCCUAUGCUUAAAUUUGGCCGUGAGUGCCUCCCAACUUUGGGCUCCAGGAAGAAUAGAGCCAUAUAAGGGGGAGGGGGACAUUCCACGAGGUGCCAGCUGUGGGAAACCCAUCUGAAAGAAUGGUGACAAAAGGCAAAGUCCCCAAGGGAGAGAGGCAGCAUUGGGGCACCUGGGUGGCUCAGUCGUUAAGCAUCUGCCUUCGGCUCGGGUCAUGAUCCCAGAGUCCUGGGAUCGAGCCCCACAUCGGGCUCCCUGCUCGGUGGGAAGCCUGCUUCUCCCUCUCCCACUCCCCCUGCUUGUGUUCCCUCUCUCACUGUGUCUCUUUCUGUCAAAUAAAUAAAUAAAAUCUUUAAAAAAAAAAAAAAAAAAGGCAUCAUUCCGUGGCCGGUAAGAGUCACUCUGCAGAAGGGCACGUCAGCCGUGGAACAGCCACCAGGACGGCAGCCACUCAGGUGGACAAUAUCCGUGAUGCCACGGCAAGAGAUGGAGACCGCGCGGGGCUCUCUGGUGCACAGAACAGCUCUGACAGGGUGCGGACCCUUCUCCCAGAACUCCUUAUCCAGGUCCUCAAACUGAGGGCAAACAGUACCGGUGAGCAGUCAGGGAGAGCCUAAGGAAUAACUGGGAGAAUAUCCAAGAGGAAAUCAUAUUUCCAGCUAGUCAAGAAGGUAACAUCUGAGUCAUCAAGAUCUAAGACAUGACUAUCAUCUCUUUCUUUAUAUUAUAUUUAUUUCAUUUAUUUACAGAUGUCUUGAAGAACAAUUUAUAUGC